AUGGCUAAAACUAAAACAAUCAGUAAAGGCUGCCCUAAAUGUGAACAGCAGGUAAUUUUAUAUGGUAAUUAAUUAUUUUAUAUUUGUGUGAAAAGAUGUAUCACAUGUAGAUAUACAUAUUAAUUUUAUUUUAAAUAUUUUUUGUAGCUUUAUUUACUAAUUACAACAAAUCUUUUUUAUAUAAGCUGGGGAAGCUUCAGCAAAGAGAAAAUGAGAUUAUUUUGUGAAUCAUAAAUUGUUCUAUUAUUAUCAGUUAAUUACUAAAAUUAAAUGUAAGCUUUGAAUAAUUAACUCUUUACAAAAGUCUAUGCAAGAAAAUAUUAAAUUUUUAUUUUGAGUCCAAGUUGAUGUUAUGCAUUUAUUUAGUUAUAUGUAUAAUUACUAAUUUAUUUAUAUUUUUUUAUAUUAAUUAUGUGUAUUUAUUAAGGUACCUGUAGCUUGCAAAGCAUGUCCAUGUGGACAUUCAUUUUUUAAUGCAAGGCGAAAUUCAAUAAAAAGCCCUCCUAGUCCUGACAAUGGAGUGAUGAAAACAAGACGAACCAACCGAAUCAAACGUGAAAAACCAAAUUACUAUGAUGCUUUAGAAUAUGAUAAACAAUCAAAAAAGAGUACCAAAAUCAGAAAAGCAACAGAUACUGCUAAUGACAUAGACUGUAGACAAUUAAAUAAGAAGAAAAAACGAAAAGGAAAAGGUAAAGGAAAAAGUGGAAGUAAUAAUGGAAUAGGAGAUGAUGAUGAUGAAAUGGAAGGAAUCAAUGGUUUAUCACCUGAGAAGCAACUUACGUGUUCCUUAAUUUUGCAAGAAUUAAAUAAUAAAAUGAGAGUUGUAGCCUGGAAACCAACAUAA